CUAGGACGCGCGGCGGCGGCGGCGGCGGCGGCCCCUCCCCGGCGGGGCCGGGCGGGCUGCUGGGAGUUGUGGUCCGCGCCGCCGAGCCGCCGGCGCCGGAGCAGACCGUCGAUCGGUGCGGGCGAGCGGAAUCCGGCGGCAGAUUGUCCGAGAAGAUCAAGGGAGAGGCUGGAUUCCCGCAGCUACUUUGUUUGGAGACCCAGGAGGGAGGACCAAGGUUCUCAGAGCAGCGCCUCCCCACUUGAGAGACACGAUGCCGCCGUGGGAAACCCCUUUGGGGAGUCAGGAGCCCAGGCCUGCAAUGGGACCAGCCCCACUGGCCACCUUGAGCUGGGUACUUGGCACCCGGAUCCCUAGGAACUCUUUCGCUGCAUGACCGGCCUUUCUCCGAUGGGUGAAGCUGCCCAGGUCCUGCCCAGCUUUUCCUGUUGAAUUUCUUCUUGGGCGCCUGUGUGCCCCAGGCGCAAGGCUUUGUACAGCUGCUGCCAAGAUGUCUCUGGAAGGGCUGAUGUGCUGCCAUGGGUCGCUUGAUUGGCUGAGGGAGUUCAUCGGCUCCACCAUCCAGUCGGUGCGGGACUGUGACCCCCCUGCGCUCAGCACUCUGGCCGUCCUGCUGGCCCUCUUCGUCUGGUACUGCUACCACGUGGGGCGGGAGCAGCAGCCCCGGCCUUACGCCACGGUGCUCCAGGGGGGCGUGGAGGUGGCCGGCCUGCAGAACGGCUUCAGCCACUGCCGCUCCCCCGAGUGCGUGCGCUGUGCCCAGAGCGAUGGGCUGAACCAGAAGCUCUACCACAACCUGCAGGAGUAUGCCAAGCGGUACUCGUGGGCGGGCAUGGGCCGGAUCCACAAGGGCAUUCGCGAGCAGGGCCGCUACCUGACCAGCCGCCCAUCCAUCCAGCGCCCAGAGGUCUUCUUCCUGCCCGACUUGCCCACCACCCCCUAUUUCUCCCGGGAAGCCCAGAAACACGACGUGGAACUGCUGGAGCGCAACUUCCAGACCAUCCUGUGUGAGUUCGAAUCCCUCUACAAGGCCUUCUCCAACUGCAGCCUGCCGGACGGAUGGAAGGUCAACAGCACGCCCAGCGGUGAGUGGCUGACCUUCUACCUGGUCAACCAGGGCACCUGCGUGCCCCGGAACUGUCGGAAGUGCCCUCGGACAUACCGCUUGCUGGGGAGCCUCCGCACCUGCGUGGGCAGCAACGUGUUUGGCAACGCCUGCAUCUCCGUGCUGACCCCUGGCACAGUCAUCACUGAGCACUAUGGGCCGACCAACAUCCGUGUGCGCUGCCACCUGGGUUUGAAGACACCCAGCAGCUGUGAGCUAGUGGUGGGAGGUGAGCCCCAGUGCUGGGCCGAAGGACGCUGCCUGAUUUUUGACGAUUCCUUCCUGCACACAGCCUACCAUGGAGGCAAGUCUCUUCCAGCUGAAGACAGUGCUGUGCCACAGAGACCCAGAGAGCGUUUUCCAGGCCUCCCCCUUCCCUGUGGGCAGGAGGUGCCCCAGGUGAAGCGAGCCUGGGUGGCAUCUCUGUGCCCAUCCCCUGGAUCAACCUCCCUUCUCUUUGCCCCUCCAGGCUCCCCUGAGGAAGGACCCCGUGCGGUGUUCAUGGUAGACCUUUGGCACCCCAAUGUCGCUGCGGCCGAGCGCCAGGCUCUCGAUUUUAUUUUUGCUCCUGGACGGUGACGUGGGGCUCCUCCUUUCCGGAGCAGGUUCCAUGUUUCUGCGGAGUGGGCUGCUCUCCCGCCUGUGCAACAUAGGCACAGCUGAUGUGGGGUUCACCCCUUGCACCUGAUUUGGUACCCAGGCCUUUUCACCUUACAACCUCCUCCCGUCCGCCACUUUGCUUGGGGCUUGACUGCCCCCCCCUUUUUUCCUGUGAUUAGGCCAAAUGCUGCUGUAGUAUCCGUCCACCUUGCUUUUUGUGCGUUGCUGUGCCCAGAAUUUUGCAUCUGCAGUUUUUGGAGGCGUCAGUGAACCUAGUUGUGCCAAUCUUUCUCUUGCGAACCUCCUCAAAAGGCAAACCACCCAGUUGCCCAUCUUCACUGAAGCUUCAGAAACCACAGUGGGCCACCCUCAGCCGGAUCCUGUCUCCACUCCCCUUCUUUUGGCAGAAGUGAGUGGAAGCAUAGCAGGGCAGUGUUUGGGGGGUGGCCGAGACUGCCCCCUUUUCUCAAGCCCUGCAUUGGCUGCUUUGUGCCUUGUUUGGGGUGCUCCUGCCUGGACUGGGGCAGCAUCCUUUGCGCACCGGUGGGGGGAGGGGCUGUCAUGGCCUCUCCCUGCAGAGUGGCAGCAGGAGGAGGGGGCUUUCUGGCCGCCUUGGGGGCAGAAGCUGAAAGCAAGCCAGCCCCAAAUGCUAUUUCCCACACGGGGCAGUUUCUGCACCCCACCUGCAACGUGGCGCAUAGCAGCACUGUGGCUUGGCCAAGGCCAGGACUUUUCAAUAAAACACUUGUGCUCAA